UGUCAAGAUCGUGUUUACUUAAAUAAUAUCGAUGACGAAUUCUCUAAAAAUAGAAUUGCAAGCUAGAUAAAAAUUGCAUCAUUCAAUUCGGUAACUACGUGGCUUUAGCGUGUAGUUUUGUCUCUUCGAAAAACGAGAGCCCCUGCCUAGAAGCUACGUGACGCGGCGCCGUUUCAGAGGGCGUCGACGAAGUUGCUCGAUGCUACGUAGAAGCGACGGAAAGGGAGGAGGGUAGCGGCAGUAAUGACAGCGUGGUGGGGAUCGAGGACUCGUCGAUGCCGGGACGAGAACAGCGACGAAAGAGAGUGGAGGGGUUGUUAGUAAGCGAAGCGGCCAUCUUGCCGAGGUUCAGUCGGAAACCAACUGCCGUGCAGUGAGGGAAGGUAAAAGAAAAGACUCGAUGUGUUAGCUGAAGGAUUUUUUUAAUGCGCUUCCGAGCCGGGUUACCGCUACGUGCGAAAGGCUGUGCGAUACCGACAACGGAGCAGCGACCAUCCAGAGAUUUUCGCAUACGGAAAAACUUUGUUUUAUCCGGCGAAAAGUCUCAGGGUAGGAGCAGAGAAGGAGGAAUCGAGGGAGCAGAAGUUUUGACGCUGGAGAAGAGAAGUCGAGAAGGCAUCGAGAAGUUGUAUAACAAUUUCGAUUCUCGCGGAACAGAUUUAUCCGCGAUAUUUAAUAUCUCGUCAGAUUAAAGGGCAGUGGAGAAGACAGAAAGAACUCUGUUCAUAUCAUUGGAGACAGACAGUGAAGAGAAAGAGUAAAAGAGAAAAAAGUAAUAAAAAGGUGAAAGAAAGAAGAAUAAGUGAGAGAUAAUUGAGAAGAAAAGAAAAGAAAAAGCGCAGUGUCAAAGUCUGUGAUAGUAUUUAUUCAAACGAUUCAGCUAUACCGGGUAUUGUCUACCACAGUAGCAUCGUUUGUCGCUCCUAUAAAUCGCAAGAGUUAGAGAAACAGAGGAAUAGAUAACCUUUAUAUAUUUAUUUAUAUCUGUGAUACCGACGCUGAUAUACAUCGAAUUAUCCCGAAAAAGAAAGAGAGAAAGGAAGGAAGUAUACGUCGGUAAAGAGAGAAAGAAUUGAGAGAAGCAUAGUGGUUUAAAAAAAAGUUAAGAUAGUGGGAAAGGAGAUUAUAUCAGUAACUUAGUGGAUAUAGAUGUUUUUGUAUAUACGACUGACUCUUUUUUAUAAUUAUUGAUAUCGGGUUAAGAGCGAAAAAGAGAGGAAGUUUUUCAUUGUUGUUUGUUAAUUGAAAAAGAAGGGAGAUUCAAAGAAGAAAAAAAUUAAAAGAAAGUUUUGUUUUGAAUAAGAACUUCACUUUCCUUUUUUGACUCUUUUCUGGAUAUUAAACAACCGAAGCUUGUGGUAACUGUGCGAAAAUGGUGGAGAAAAUCUUGGAAGAGCGAGAAGACGGUUGUCAAGAGGUUGCAAGAGAAGAUGCAAAUUGCAGAGAUACCGUGAAUUCCACGGGCGAAUCUAUGAGCGCGGUGCAAGCUCGACAAGAAGAAGCUAGGCGCAAAAGACGCAAGAAGAAACGUUCUGGAUCAUCCUUAAUGUCUUCUUGCUUCCAAGAACUGUACAGAUUGACUGGCGAAGUUCUUGGCGAAGGUGCUUACGCCUCGGUUCAGACUUGCAGGUCGCUUUACACAGACCUGGAAUAUGCUGUCAAAAUUAUUGAUAAAAUUCCUGGUCAUGCACGGGCACGUGUAUUCAAAGAAGUCGAAACAUUUCAUCAUUGUCAAGGACACCCAAACAUUAUUCAAUUAAUCGAGUUUUUCGAAGACGAAGAAAAGUUUUAUUUGGUAUUCGAGAAAGUAAACGGUGGUCAAUUGUUGAGCCGGAUACAAGAAAGAAUUCAUUUCAGUGAACGAGAAGCAAGUCAGAUAAUUCAAGAGAUCGCAAGCGCGUUAAAUUUCCUUCAUAAGAAAGGUAUCGCUCACAGGGAUCUGAAACCCGAAAACAUCUUGUGCGUGUAUCCGGAUAAGUUAACACCAAUUAAAGUGUGCGAUUUUGAUCUUGGCUCAGGCAUAAAAUUCAACAACUCAUUGUCAAGUCCUGUAGCUACUCCGCAACUUUUAACACCAGUCGGCAGUGCCGAUUUCAUGGCUCCGGAAGUUGUGGAAGCUUUUAUCGGAGAAGCGAAUUAUUAUGACAAACGUUGUGAUCUCUGGAGCCUUGGCGUGAUUAUGUACAUUCUCCUUUGUGGUUAUCCACCUUUCUAUGGGAAUUGCGGCUCCGACUGUGGCUGGGAGAGAGGCGAGAAUUGUCAAGCUUGCCAAGAGCUUCUAUUUACAAGUAUUCAGGAGGGCAGGUAUGAGUUCCCGGACAACGAGUGGAGGUGUAUUUCGGAAGACGCGAAAGAUUUGAUCAGAGGCCUGCUGGUAAAGGAAGCUCAUCAAAGGCUUAGCGCCGAGAGUAUUCUGAAACAUCCGUGGAUUAAUCCUGGUCCAAGUUCCGUUGAAAAUACCGAAAAAUCUCUCACAACUCCUCAUAUUAUCAGAAGAAACAAUUCUGCCAGAGAACUCUCGGCGUUUGCUGAAUCGGCUAUGGCUGUGAAUCGUGUUGUACUUCAACAUUUCUCCGUGAAUUUGGAGGAAUUAGCGGAGAAGAGGGAACCGAGAUUGUCUACUUCGUCCACGGAUGAGGAUAACCAUCCUUACGGGCACAUGUCCGAUUCAAGCAGCGAAUUAUCGGAGCACAGUAAGCUUUGCGCGACUCAUUCCUCGAACGAAUUUGACGCUAAUUCGCGUGUAAAAUCUUGUUCGGUUCGCUCGAGCAUCGAUCUAAUCGAAUCAAAAACCAUUGGAAAGAAUCGAAUGAUCGGUAGUAAGGAUUCAUCGCUUCACCAACUGUUCGGUUUGUCACCGCCUAGCGAGAGCCGUUUGAUGCAGCGCCGUUUAAAAGCUCGUUCAGAUCUGCUGGAACGCCAGACGAACAAAGCAGUUAUCGCGUCCCCUAGUGGCUGAAAGGUGACAUUUUUACGAGAGAAAACAAAGAUCUCCUUUCUUGGUACCGCGUAUAAUUCAUAUUUACACAUCUGCAUAUACGGAUACGAAAGAAGUGUACAGUAAUGUUAUCUAUCGAUAAUUGACAAAGGGUAACAAUGAUAUAUAAUAAGCUACUUUAUGAUUGGCUAAAAGAAGAGUUGUGUUUCGUUAAAAAUAAUAACUAGAGUCGCAUUACAAUGAUUUGCUCGACAAUUGACGAUUAUUAUACAUGCAUAUACGAGCAUAUUCUAGUAGCAGCGACACAUGGGGCGACGGCAUAAAAACGUGUCUUCACUCCGAUACACAAUCAACUGCGCGCCAACAGUACACCGACACUCAGUCAGACAAUAAUUCUUCGUAAAUUUUUCCAUUCCCGACACGGGAUUUAAAGAAACAUCGUAUCCGAAUAUAUCUUUUUCUUUUUUUCCCGUUUUUCUGUUUUCUCUCUUUUCUCUUUUUUUAUCUUUUCUUUUUUCUCUCUUUUUCUUCCUGUUACGCUUUAGUUUCAUUUCGACAAAACUAUUCAAUGUUUUUUGUUUUUUUUGCACUUAUUAAGUUCAUAAAGAUACAGUAUUCGUUCGAUUUACAUGUUGCAUGUUGCUUUACAAUGAUAUUCGUUAAAUAAUAUGAACGAACAUAAGCAAAUACAGCACAAAUUUCAUAUAUAUACAGUAACAAUUUAACGUCGUACACCUCAAUGUAUGGAUUUUUCCUUAUAAAUUACUUUUACAAUGGUUUUUAAGCUUAAAAUAAUUUAUACAUGAAUACAGCUUAUUACUUGAUUUAUAAUGAGCAACUUUUGAGGGAAUACAAAACUGUAUUUACUUAUUUGAUAUAUAAUAUUUAUAAAUUAAAAAUUAGGCCAUCUCAUAAGUAAUAUUAUUUUAAAAGAAAUAACCUCUAUAGAAAAAUAAUAUCUUAUAAUUUAUAUAUUUUUAAUCAAUUGAGUGUUAUUUGCGAGGUUAAUUUUUUACAAUGGAAGCAAAAUUUUAAUUCUUUUGCCAAGAAAUUUCUUAUCUUUUCAAUUAAAAGAUUUGUUAAAUGUAUUUAAUUUUCUGAUCUGUAUUUUCAAAGAUUUUGCUAUUUAAAAAAUUUUGUAAUAAAGAAAAUAGAUGAUAAUUCUUUGAUGCUGGAUUAAAAGAAUAUGUAGAUUUAAUAUAUAUAUUAACAAGAAUUAAUUGUUUAAUUUUUGAUAUCAUUACUUUUGUAUGUAGAUACUGUACUGUGUAUAGUCAAGUAUUAAAGUGGAAAAAACUUCUUUGUAAUUUUCUAAUAGCAAUUAUUUUUAUUAAAAACAUAUUAUUUAAUUUUUCCACUAUGAUAUUCUCAAUAAUAGUUUGAUUUUAUUUUAAAAACUUACAAUAAGAAUAUACAAUAAUGAUUCUUUAUAAUUGUUUUUAGAAUAAUAUUACUUAUGGGAUGAUCUAAUAUUUAUAUAACAGAAACAUUAUUCUGAUCAUCGGAUAUUAAUAUAGUGUGAUGAGCAUGUCUGGCAUGAGAAAAAAAUUAGAUAUAUUUUCAUCAAAAAAGACCAAAGGAUUGUGUUAAAGAUAAAUGGAAUAAUAAUAUCCAAAGAAUUCUACGAUUAAAUCAAUGUUAAAAAAUGAUACUAGUCAUGGUUAUCCCAUGAAGUAUUAGAAAACAAAUAUAUAUUUUUAUUAAGUAUUUUAUUAAUUAUAGUAACGUUAUUUGCUAUAUGUAAGAUUUUUACUAAUUAAUUUUUCUAUUUAUACAAAUAGAAUUUUUAAUUUGAAAUUGCAGUUAAAUUCUAGUUCGUUUGGAUGAUUCAUUGCCUAAAUAAAUUUAAAAAAUCAUUAUAACUUGAUGGCAUUUUGAAAAUUUCUUCAUCUAACUUAAUCUAAUUUAGUCUAAUUUUCAAUUAAUAUACUGUGCAGAAAUUACUUGUUGAUUAAACAAAAGAUUGAUUAAUUCCAAUAGAUUCAAUAUAUUUAUAAAAAUAAGCACAUAUAUUAGCCAAAAAUAUCAUAUUUACAGAUAAAAUCACAUAUGACACUAUGUAAUGAAAAAAGUGCCGUCCUAGUAGCCAUCUUAUCUGUAUUAUAUAUUUCACAUAUUUACAAAUUCAAUGUUCUAUUCUUCAUUUGCUGUCUUUUUUAUACAGUAAAUCGCAUUUUUAAAUCCAUAACUUUUGAUAUACAAUGAUUUUCCGGAUGUGAAACUUAUAUUAUUGAAUUCUACUUGCCAAAUAUCUUCAAAGGACAAAAAUAAAUAAAAAAAAUUGUUGGUUGUCAAAACAAACAAGUUUUUUAAUUUAUAAGUAAAAAUUUUCCACAUAUUAAGGUGUACGAUUUUAACAUUUGUACAUUUUAACAUAUGUACAUAUAAAAAAGUCAAAACAAUCACAAAAUAUAUUUCUAUUCCGGUUCAAAUUUAAAAUUCUUUAUUAGUAUGGAACGUAUAGGAACUUCAAAUCUGUAAUAUGUACAUUCCACUGUUAAUAUUCAUUAGAUAAAACAUAUAGCAUAAUAUUAAAGAAAAAAAAAAAAUAAUAAAAAAAUAAAAAAAAAUAAGUCAUGGUAGAUAAUGUUUCUGUACUUUCGCUGUUAUAUAGUAUCUAGAGAGAGAAAUUCAUGUGUAUAUGCUCGUUCAUAUCGAUUUAUCGAAACGGCUAUACACAGAAAGACGCUAAAGAAGAGAAAAUGAUUUGUGUUUGAUGAAGAAUCAAUUAUCGAUAAUACAUAUCUACAUAUUUGCUUUGUUUAUUUUUAGUUUCUUAGUUUCAUCUUAAAUAUUUUUGGAAAACGCGUAGGUACGAUUUAACGAAAUAUUUCCGAGUUUUUUUUUUUUUCUUUUCUAAUAAUAAUAAUCUGUUGAGAAUGAUGAAAUACAGCAACAGCAACUUCGAACGAUAAAAACAUGUAUAAUGGUAUAAGAAGAUUAAACCGCGCAUCUUGGUGCAUGUUACGAAUAGUUUGCUCAGUAGGUUUCUAAGAAUGUAGUAGAGUGUAAGUUGUGAAAAAUGUUUUAAAGAAGAUUCCAAGAAAGGAAUAAAAACGCGUUUGUAUCGAAAGGAAAAGGGGAACGAUAAUUACGGCCAUUUUUUGUAAAUGUCUCUUAAGCAUCUUUGUAGGGAGUUUAGUACAUAAGGAUGAUAAAAAAAUAAAAAAAAAAAAAAAGUUAGUUUAACAAAAAGAGGAAAAAAAAAAUAAGAAAAAAAAUACAGAAAAAAAAAUGUACCUGCGUCGUAAGUGAUUUAAGAGUAUACCGAAUGAAGGAGUGAAAUGAAGAUGUACACGAAGCACAGAGAGAGAGAGAGAGAGAGAUAUCGAGAGAUAUAUCCGAUAACGUGCACAUGCGCACGUACGUUAACGGGUGAACUUUCUCGAAGAAAAACCUAGAUUACACAAAAAUCACAUCCAUUAAUUACUGUUAUGUAUUUUUGUAGAGUUUUAUCGACGAAAUGUCAUUUUAUCGUCUACCCAUCUACAGUUGCGAUUCGACUCUGUUGAUUGCAAGUGAUAACCAAAAACUUUCCUUCGAUCGAUAUAAUUUUUCUUACGUAAAAUAUAAAUAAAAUAUGAAUAUGCCAUAUGCAAAUAAUGGAUGUUGCAUUUUUUAUAUGAUGGAAGAUUGCAAUCGUAUAUCGUAUUUCUGAAACGUGAAUGAUACGCGAAGUAUUAUCCUUCUAUAUUAUCGUCUAGUGAUUUUUAUUCGAUACGAUGGCAAACAUGUUUUCUUUGAGGAAUGGAUAAAUUAAUAAUAAUAAUAAUAGAUUAAUUAAUAAUAGAUAACUAACAGAUAAUUGAGAUUUGUUUAUUGUUCAUUUUAUACUUUCGUAUAUAAUUGUUACAGUGAUGAGUCGCGCUGUGGUGGGGGGAUUCUUUACUCAGGGCAGUUACAAUGAGCUGCGCAAAUUUGUUAUAAAUUACAUACACACUAUCGCGUUUGAAGGAAACCAAGAAGAAAGAGCUUAUGAUAUUUGUAUGCGAUCGAAGUCCAUCCAGGGUUGAAAAAUUAAUCGUUAUUUGUUCUUUCUUCAAAUUAACCCUGAAAAAAAAAACUUUGUCCAACGGCAUGAUGACACGGUAAUAACAGAAAAUCGAUAUUCAUAAAGAUCGAUUAUUAACAUUACUAAACUUUCCUCUCGAGGAUAUUCGAUCUUUCUGAACUUUCUUACGUAAAACAUAAAUAUCAUUUUGUCACAUAACCUUUAUUCAAUUCCCAUGGAGAGCAAAUGUCACAAGACCACAGCGGUAUAAUCGAUCGUUAACAAAUCUUUGGUUAUUCCAUCGUGUUAUGCUCGUCCAAAUGUCUCAAAUUUCGAGGGAAAUUCGGCAUUUCCCUUGAAAAUUGAAAUAUUUGUUAGCGAGAAUAACGUUAUCGAUUUGUCGUCUAGCGAGAGAAAAAUCAUGUGAGAACACGCAUGCGUCAUUGCACGUGCUUACGACGUAGAGACGAAAAAAAGCGUUACACAUUAAUUACAACCAUGAUUUCUUUAAUCAUGGAAGCCAUCAAGAAACACGAAUGUAUCGCGAUUUUCUUUUUCGUAAUUCUUUUUUUUUUUCGUAAUUUUUUCAUAAUUUCUUCGUAAUUUUCUCAUAUUCUUCUCCCAAUUUCUUUAUUCUUAAUUCUUUCGUAAAUCGAAAGGUAUGAUGAGAGGUAGUGGAAAGAAUAUACGAAUGCGAAGAGAAAAAUGAAAAUAAUGGAGAGAGAAAGAGAAAAAGAGAAAAAGAUGAAAUAAUAAAGGAUUGAAUCGAACGAUUGAACAUUUUCAUCUUCACGAGUAAUAAUAUCAUACCUUUCAUAGCCUAAUUCUUGCUACUAAUCGACGUUAUCGAUUGACAUCUUUCUCUCAAAAACUGCAUCUUCGAAUUUUUAACGAUACAUUUUUGUUACUUGUUUCCGUUCGUUCAUUUAUAGUAUAUGUAUGUACAAUAGCGUAUGGCGUAAUCAACCACAGUCUUGGUAAUACAAUAGUUUCAUGAGAAAACUAAAAAAAAUGCAUUCUCGACCGAUAUCUAUUUCUCGCGCGAUAUUGUUUUAUUUCAGGAUGUGUUUCGUUACAAUUUUUGCUCCCUUGAACCACACGCCAUCAUCCCAUUGUCGUUUUUUUCGAAGCGACAGUGACGCCAACCUGAUAUCGAUCGAGCGUGCACCGUUUCAUAUCGUCAAUAUGUUAACGAUGCGGCGUAGAUAAAAAUGCUUUUUCGAAGGGAUAUUCAAAUGCGAGAAGAGAGUGCGUAGAGUAAAGGACGAGCAGCGACAAAUAUUGUGUAAGGAAAGCAAUCGAAUCAGAAUAUAAAAAGAGGAAGAAAUAUCCAUGGCCAUAAUAAUAUAGAUCUAUAAAAUUGUAAUGUGAAUGCGUGAGUGUUUGUUCGUCUGUAUGCCUGUCCUAUCUGUCUAUCUUCGUUUCGUUCGUAUAGACGAAAGAAUUACACGCGCGAAUAAAAUACGUGCUCUUUCUGUAUGCGUCUCUAUGGGUGUAUAUAUAUAAGUUGGUAUGUCGUGUGCGUGUGUAUGUGUAUGUGUGUAUGUGUGUGCGUACGCGUGCAUGUGUAUGUGUAUGUUACGAACUCGAACGGGAAAAAAUAAUAUUUAGUGUAUAAGCGAGAGAAUAAACACCUUAGUAUAGGUUUAUAAAAUUAUGUGCUAAGGUACCGCUGCGCUAUACCGACGAGUCUUUCUUCGACUAUCAUUCAAAAGAGAGAGAGAGAGAGAGAGAGAGAGAAAAAAAGAGGUCGCGAUUCAACCGUACUACGCGAAUGCACUUGUAGCAUAGCUUCGUUUGUUCGUUUAUUCAUUUGUUCGUUUAUUCGUUCAUUGAACGGUGUAACAGCGCUUAAAAAGCGUGUACUAGUCGGAUAAAAGGGAGAAUUAAAAUAUUGCGCAUAUAUUUUUUUUUUUUCCAUUCUCAAAGCUUUGACAAUUCUCAUUUCUAAAAAUCAAUCAAAGACAACACAGUAAGGAGUAAGCGUACAGGUUAUGUUUACCCUGUGUACGCUAUUUUUGUGAAUCUUGAAUGGAAUUUUGUGAUCUUGUGCGAAAUUAGGAUGAGAAUAUUUUUCGAUGUGGACAAUUUUUCGAUAGAUCGGUCUCGGAAAACUACACGAGCCGAUCAAAAAGAUAUACAUAUUGCAAACUCUCGACAUAUCGCAACGGUAUACAAAGACACGGCUUUGCGUAAAACAUUGCUUGUGAGUUUCUUCCGGGUAAUACAAAAUGCUUUCGACUUCUUUUUUUUUUUUUUGGCAUUUUUGUCUUUGAAAAAUGAUAAUAAUAAUAAUUUUUUUCCAAAUUUAUAAAAAUUUCGAAAACGAGAGAAAAGGCCGUGUUACGUAUACCCCGGAAGAGAUAGCAUUUUCAUUACGGUUCUUUAUUUUAGACAAAGAAAAAUAGUAUAAAAGAAAGAGAAAGAGAGAAUGAGAGAAUGAGAGGAUGAAAGAAUGAGAGAAAAAUGAAAAAUUCCUUAAAGAACGAAUAAAAAAGAAAAAAAUGUCACGAGUACUUUUCAAACGAACAUCGGUUUUUUUUUUUUCUUUUUUCUUUUUUUCCUCGUCUGCUUUUUAUUUCAGCCAUUUGCUCCGGACCGGGAGACGUUGUAUUUCGAUUCCUUUCCAGUUUUCAUACCGUAAAAUAACUUACGAAGAAGCCCCGUCGUUGCUCUCCUUCAUCGAUUUUUGGAUGAUAUCUAUAUUGGCUAUAUUGUGACAAGAAUUACGAAUUGAUCGUAAGAACGAUGCUCGUCCUUUUUUUCUGUGAAAAAAAGAUGCGAAACUUUUAAAAAGUUCUCUUUCGCACGGAAAGCGAUCGAAUGAGAAUGAAAAAAAAAGAAACGAGAGAAAAAGGAAACGAACGGACAACAAAAGCGGUUAAUAAUAAGAACGAAAAGAAUGCAUUUCACAGAUACGAUAAAAUGCGAAGGUGUAAAGCAUAAUUGCAUAUUUCUAUGUGUAUGAUAUCUCGAUCGUACGGAUAGAUAAACAAUUUCCAAAAAAAGAAAAAAAGAAAAAAAAAAGGAGAGGAAAAAGUUAAAAAAAAUAAUCUCUUGUAAAGUAAUUUGAGUGCGAAAAUUCGAGAUGUGAAAGAAAGGUGAGAAAGGGAAUGAUGAAGAAAGGGAGGAUUUUCGGGAUUAUUGGGAAUCGUAAAAGUUUGCGAACGGCAUUGUUUUUUCCGUGUAAAAGCGAGCAAAUCUUUAUGAGAACUUUGUAAGCUUCCUAAUAAAAUAGCAUUUAAUCGAUAAA